CUAAACGCAAGUAUCACCAUGACUGUUUGCCUUCUUCUUCUGUAAAGGUUUUAGCUUUCCUCGCGCUUCUUCAUCUUUCUCACUCUUAACCCCCACGAACUUUAAGGGUUUUCUCUGUAAUCCUCCACACAGUCAGUCAGUCAGUCAGUCAAAUCAGUCAUGGACAGAUAUCAGAAAGUCGAAAGACCUAAAACUGUUCUUCCAAUCAACGAAAAUGAAAUCCGAAUCACCACACAAGGUUUGGUUAGAAACUACAUCAGUUACGCUUCUAGUCUUCUUCAGGAGAAGCGGGGAAGAGAGAUUGUCUUCAAAGCAAUGGGACAAGCCAUUAGCAAGUCAGUGGCUGUUGCAGAGAUCAUUAAGAGGAAUAAUCCCCACCUUCAUCAGGAUACGUCUAUCAGCUCUGUAAGUAUAACUGAUGUUUUUGAACCCAUUGAAGAGGGCCUUCAAACUGUGGAGCAGACACGUCAUGUAUCAAUGAUCUCAAUCACAUUGUCGCAAAAAGAGCUGAACAUAAAUUCACCAGGGUAUCAAGCACCGUCUCAGUUUGAGCAGACAGAAGAUAAUCAGCAUCAGCAGCCUUCUAGACUUGGACGUCCUUCCUACAAUACUGUCAAUGAUGAUUCUUACAAUCGAGGUCGUGGAAGAGGAGGGAGAGGGCGAGGGCGUGGUUGGGCUAGGGGUGGAUAUGGAAACUAUCAAGAAAAUGAUGGAUAUUUAAAUCGGGGUGGAGGUGGCAGGCAUGGAAGAGGACGAGGACACUAUGAAAAUGAUGGAUAUUCAAAUCGGGGUGGAGGAGGCAGGCGUGGUGGCCGAGGUUGGGGAUACCAUGAAAAUGAUGGAUAUUCAAAUCGGGGUGGAGGUGGCAGGCAUGGCAGAGGAUGGGGAUACAAUGAAAAUGAUGGAUAUCAAAAUCGGUUUGAAGAUGGCUGGCAAGGUAGAGGAAGUGGAUACAAUGAAAAUGAUGGAUAUCAAAAUCAGGUGGAAGGUGGUGGCUGGCAAGGUAGAGGAAAUGGAUACAAUGAAAAUGAGGGAUAUCAAAAUCGCGGUGAAAGUGGCAGGCAUGGUCGAGGAAGGGGAUACAAUGAAAAUGAUGGAUAUCCAAACCGAGGCAGAGGUGGAAGGCAUGGCGGAGGAAGGGGAGGAUACAAUGAAAACGGUGGAUACCCAAAUCAAGGCGGAGGUGGAAGGAAUGGUGGAGGAUGGGGAUACAAUGGAGGAGGUGGAUCUGGAUAUGAAAGGGGCAGAGGCGGAGGUAGAGGUUAUGGACGUGGGCGUGGACGAAUGGGGCCAAGGGUACCACCAAAGAAUGAACAAGAAGAUUGAAGAAGAUUGAGCUAUAAUAGAUGCUUGCAAUGGGUUUUGGUAUUUUGAAGUUAAGUUUGAAUAGCUUGAAAGAACAUAUGUGGCUUAGUGUCCUUUAUUUAAGCAAUGCAAUGAUCUGAUCAUCUUCUGUGUUCCUACCUUUUUGAGGUUGUUUUGGUUAGUGUUGUUGGGAACAAAUGGGUUGUUAUGGGUUUUGAUUGCUUUCAUCUUUUUGGCCCCAAAGAAUUAUCCUUUUCAGUUUAUAAUAUUUGUGGUGGUGAAAAUUAGAGCUUGAUCUUGGUUGUUUGUUUA